UCUCCCUUCCGGAAGUAAUAAGGGUCUGUAUUGACUGGGUUCAGUCGGUCAGCUUUCACUACAGGACUGAUGAUUGUAAACAUUGAAAAAUGAUGUGAUACUUUUGGUCCGCUUGCCUCCUUUUAUGAAUCAGUGACCUUUAAAGAUGCCCGUCAAGAGGUUCCACAAAUCUCACGGGCAGAAUAUCCGGCUGUUUCAAGGAAGCACCGUCGCUUUGCGAGAAGUCAGUUUUGCACACGCACUUGUGUUCAGUGAAAAACCUCUCCAGCCAGGGGAAAUCUUCCUCGUAGAAAUAGAGAAAACAGAGCGGGGAUGGAGUGGACACAUGAGGAUUGGACUCACAGAGGUUGACCCAGCUAAGCAGACCAACGGCCUCCCUCAGUAUGCACUGCCAGACUUGGCCCAGCUGGGCCGGUGCUGGGUGUCGGCCGUCACCAAGUCACGCAACCGCCUCCAGUACUACAGCCCAGACCGGGCGCGCUCCUCCUUACAGUCCUCCUACUCCUCCGUGUUGGGCACGGGUGAGGUCAUCAACACAGCGUGUGGGCGUGUUCGUCGCUCGAUGCUGCAGCCGUCUUACUCUCUCUUCCGUUCAUCGUUCGCCAGCAACCACGCUAACGGCCAGUCCGCCUCUUCAACUCCCUCAUCCUCAUCCUCCUCCACAGCGUUUGAGGGAGAGGAGCCCUCUCUCAAAGCGGCCAAAAAACUUAUUCUGGCCACCGAUGUUGGCUCUCGCAUCGGAGUCAUGUACUGUCCCGACGAGACUGGCUACUUUGCACGCAUGCAUUUUAUAAUCAAUGGAGAGGACCAGGGUCCCAGUGAUGAACUGAUUCCAUUAACAUGUGAUUCCCCUCCUCUGUAUGCGGUCGUCGAUGUCUACGGUACUACUAAGCAGAUUCGCCUCAUAGAGCUCUACAAAGUGAGCUCCCUCCAGAAUGCGUGCCGUGACCUCAUCUUACAGACCACACCCCAGCACCUGUUGUCUGCCCUUCCACUCCCUCAGAAAGUCAUACAGUUUCUCUGUGAAGGAGAUGAUUCCUAGCCCCUAGCUGUUCUCCUGUCAUGUGUUGUGGUAGUGCAGUUACCGUGUGUGUAUGUAGAAACUGUUUGUUUAAACAUUUGUGUGAUAUCUUGACUGUGCACUCUGAUUAGUAAUAAACUCAACUCAAGACAGUCUGUGCCUCAGAAGUCGGAUAAGACGGAAAGGUUUUCGGGAGGCGAGAUGACACUUGUCAUUUUUCAUGCGGUGAUGGAACUUGUGGAGUGUACUUAGAAGUUAUUUUUCUUGUUACGCGAGGCGUUAUUCCUCUAUUUCUUUUUCACACUACCUACGUGGGCAGGUGGUGGUUGGAGGGCAUCAGCGGUAUGUCCUACUUUUUUUCCCUCUCCCUCUGUGGCCUGAAACUUUCUUGCUUUCAUUUACCCUACACUUAAUGACCAUUAUUGUGUUGGUGUGCUUCUCUUUACUCAGACUAACUAUCUGGUUAUUUUACUGUCAAUAGGGUAUUGUUUUAACUAGAAGUUUUUAUAUAAAGAUAAAGAUGGUAUAUACAUUUUAUGGAAAUCAGAUUAGGUAGGACAUUUAGGACUGAAAAUGCUCAAUCUUGUCAGUCCUACGAGACUGAUCAGUGCCAAGUAUACACAUUGUGUACUACCCUAAAAAGUUUUAUAAUCUAAUGCUUUGAGCCCCGCCCCACCCUGGGCCUACAGUACUGGAGCACCUGAGCUCCUCUGCCAGAUAUACUGACACCUCUGUGAGCUGAGAUGUGCGUUAACUGCACAGAAACGUGCAGGUAUGCGCCCAGGUCCAUCGGGGCAAGGUGUGUUUUUCUGACUCGUGCAGAUUUGAAUGUUUUCUUCUUUUUCCAAGAGUUCCAUCACUUCAGGAAAUGCUGGGGAUUUUCUCUUUGUUCGCCAACAGUUGUGUGAGGCCGCCGGUGAUUCUUGUACAGACAUCUACCUUUGGAUAUAGAUAUAUAUACACAUGUAUAUAUAUAAUUAUAUAUAUAAUAUUAAAUUAUAUUUUAAACUUUGUUGUGCUUGAUGUAAUCAUUGCUGAUGGUACUCACAGAGCUGGAAGAUCCUCUCUCUCUCUUUCUCUCUCUCUCUCUCUCUCUCUC